UGUUGCAUAAACCUAAUAAUUUAUCAGUUAUUUAAUAAUUUUGAACAUGUGCCUAUUUUGAUUUUCUUACUAGACAAGUGGAGCAUAUCUUUGCAUCUACCUGUGCUGGACACUGUGUUGUGUGGGACCUUAGAAAACAAACCUCUAUCAUGACUAUCUCUGACACGGUUUCAAGGAUGAAAGCAAGCAGUAUCAUCUGGAACCCCAGUGUGGCAACACAGUUACUACUAGCCAGUGAUGAUGACACUACACCAUGGGCUCAAGUUUGGGAUCUUCGUUAUGCUACUUCUUCUCUCAAGACACUGGAGGGGCACCAGCGUGGCAUUGUGAAAACUGCUUGGUGUGUUCAUGAUGGAAAUUUGUUGAUAACUGCAGCAAAGGAUAACAAAAUUUGUGUGUGGAAUCCAAAUGCAACAGAACGUGGCUUAGAAAUUGUUGGGGAGUUUCCUUCCUAUAACCAGUGGUGUUUUGACAUGGACUGGGGUCAGCGGGAUCCUUCCUUGGUUGCUGUGUCAUCUGUUGAUGGCUGUGUUAGCAUAUACUCCUUGUUAGGUAGUGGUCAGCCUCCCACUCAGUCAGAUAAAUUUUCACAGAUAGCAGACUCAUUCCCAGGAAUGGAAAUGCCUGCUGUUGCUCCUCAGGGAGCCACACCACAACCCAUUAGACUGAGAAACCCUCCAAAGUGGUUUGCUCGAACUGCUGGAGCAAGUUUUGCAGUAAGAUUAUUUAGACACUUUUUUUCCUCAUAGUUAAUAUAAUUUAAA